UGCUAGGUAACGGCUGGUGGUGGUUGGUUCCUGAAGAGUUUGCACAUGUGAGGGUUUUGUGGAGUCUGAUUCAUGUGCGUAAAUAGUGACAAUAUGAAUCAUCCCUGUUUACACGAGUGAAGGAGCCUGUUGUGUUAUGGCCUCAUCUUUGAUCAGAAACUGGUGGAAUUCCUACCAAAUGGAGAGACUGACCUCCAAUGACUCCAACACCGAGGAAGAAGAGGAGGAAGAAACUGGGAGAAGACCACUGUCCAUGGACCUAAACCAGGCUCUGAAGACGAGACAGCUCAUUAUAAACUUUGAUGGAAACCGACCUAUUUUGAGUCUCAGAGCUCCGCUGGAUUUGGUUCACUUCCCGUCUAUUGUCUGUCCCCGCUGGCCCAUAGAGUGUGAAGUCAUUGAAGACGUCAUUCAUCAUAUAGAAUGGGACCCCCCACAGCCUGAACCUUUUUACCAAUACACAGGCAGUGAGAGAAUGCCUCAGCCAAGUGGAGAAGAGAAUGGGAAAGUGGUGUACAGCGUGGGUCAUGCAACUAAGCAUCCGUUUUUUACCUGCUCACGUGUUGGGGGAAGCCCAGCCCCCAAGAAGAACGCAACUUGUUUUGAAAUUAAAAAAACUGAUCAUGUUCUUGAAUUUGAGUCCCGUUUUGAAAGUGGAAACCUCCAGAGGGCUGUUCAAGUGGGCCCAUUUGACUAUGAGCUGACCAUCCGCUGUGACCUGUACACCAAAAAACACACACAGUGGUUUUACUUUAGAGUCAGAAACAUGAAGGCUGGGGCCAAGUACCGCUUCACCAUCGUAAACCUGAUGAAGAGCAACAGCCUGUACAAUUAUGGCAUGAAGCCGCUCCUGUAUUCUGAAAGAGCUGCAAAAGAGAAUGGGGUCGGAUGGCAAAGGACUGGCUUCAACAUCAGAUAUUACCGCAACUGCAGUCAGAAUACAAAUGAGAGCGACACCAAAGCCCUGUACUGCCUCACCUGGAGUCUCCAGUUCCCUUUCGAAUCAGACACCUGUUUUGUGUCCCACUGUUACCCCUACACAUAUUCUCGGCUUCAAAACUACCUGCAGCGGGUUUCAUCCAAUGAGAGCGUUGCCUCCUACUGUAAGCUCCGGAUCCUUUGUCACAGCCUUGCAGGGAACGCCGUGUAUGCGAUGACAAUCACGUCUCAGGGGGAGAGUAAGAGUGAAGGAACAGCCAAAAGAACAGUGGUGGUGACAGCGCGAGUGCACCCAGGGGAGACAAACGGGUCCUGGAUGAUGGAGGGAUUCCUGGACUUUCUGCUUGGUAACUCAGCAGAUGCUCAGUUAUUGAGAGAUACCUUUGUUUUUAAGAUUGUGCCAAUGCUUAACCCAGAUGGUGUCAUUGUGGGCAAUUACCGCUGUUCUCUGGCAGGUAGAGACUUGAAUAGAAAUUACAAAACGAUACUCAAGGAUGCUUUCCCCUGUGUCUGGCACACUCGAAGGAUGGUGGAGAAACUUCUGACGGAGACUGAUGUCAUCCUUUACUGUGACUUUCACGGCCACAACCGUAAAAACAAUGUUUUUAUGUACGGAUGUAACAGCAGAAGUGACGCUUCAACAAAUCUUAAUGAGAGAGUUUUUCCCCUAAUGAUGAGUAAAAAUGCCAGUAACAAGUUUUCUUUUAAAAGCUGCAAGUUCCGGGUCCAGAAAAGCAAAGAGGGAACUGGACGCAUCGUCAUGUGGAGACUUGGAAUCCGAAACAGCUACACCCUGGAGGCUACCUUUGGGGGCUCCACUUUGGGAGACAGAAGAGGAACGCAUUUCAGCACUCGAGACCUCAAGACACUAGGCUUUAACUUCUGUGACACUUUACUGGACUUCUGUGAUCCUGACCCCUCCAAGGCCAAUUAUUGCUUGACAGAGCUGGCGGCACAGUUGGUCAAACAGGUGAAAGAGAGACUGGGAAAAGAUUUGACGGAUUCAAACUUGACCGUUUCUGACCUCGAAACCAGCACCAGUGGAUCUAAUAGCACUGAUUCAGAUGGACCCCCAGUGCAUUUACUUAACCGACCGAACGCUAGUGUCCAAAAGAGUGUUCUAAAGGAGAGGAAGAAAUGUUUGAAGAGUCGUAAGGAAAGGGACAGAUUGCGUUCAGAGCCAAAGGUCCAGGAGAGUGACAGCAAAGAUCUGGUCUCCAGCCAGCUACUUGAGAAUACAACCAAAGCAAAACUUGUAAUCAGGGACAAAAAGAGUAACCAUCCUUCGAGAAAAGCUGUUACCCCUCCUGCAAACACUCACCCAGGCGAAAUAAGCCAGGUGACUCUGUGGCAGGGCUCAAAACCUGUAACGAAUGACUGUUUGGAUAACGUAAAGGUUUCAUGUGCAUAUGAGAAAAGAAGUUGUCCCCAUCUCAACACAUGUUCAACAGUCACGGAAAUUGGCCAAUGGAGGAGCUCUUCACAAUUUUUCCAUCUAAGCGCCAUUCUUCCGCCACAAACUGAUUUUAGACCAAGCAUCCAGCAGCAUUACCCGAUACCCCGACAGCGUUUAGUUACCUAUAAAGUUGCCAGAGGACUGUCUACUAUACCAGUACCAGACAGGGCUGCCAGAGGAUUAAUCUUCAGGAUGGUUCCCAAUAUUCCCGAUAGAGGACUGCUGACAAGUUUAUCCGGAGUAAAGCUCAACCACAUCUAUAAAGAUCCAGCUGUACAUGAGAGAAAGACCAUCUCCCAAACCGCUGUGAGAGAAAGAACACAACAGGAGCAGCUGGAAGAAGGUUUGUCCCUACUUAAAUGUAAACCCUACAUAGAUCUCAGAGGCCCUAACCUGAUUUCCAAAACUUUUCUUGAGCCUUUGCAGAAGAGCACAGACAAAGGACAAAAUAAAGAGGUUUCCAGGAACAAAACAGCGCUGCACAAUGUACUUCCGGCAAAGACCAUAACUGAACUUCCACUUUCACAAAUCUCUGGUCUUCAGUCAGGGGACAAAGUAAAACGCACUUCCAUUUCUGAAAGGAAAGACCUAAAACCUGUCACUGCAGAACUAAACACAGAUUCAAGACCAUUGCAAUCUGCACCACCAUAACACAAAAAUAAUUUAAUCUAAAGUAUAUGUUAUUUAAUUAAACAUUUGUUACAUCCUCUUUGAAUACAUUACAUUGUGGUUUUAUGGGAAUUUAAUUUAAUCUCAUUUUACUUUUGUACACUGUCUGCAAUAGAAAGUAAAAGGUAAUUGGA